AUGAAUCACACGGAGAUUACAGAGUUCGUUCUCUUAGGCCUUUCUGAUGAUCCUGACCUCCAGAUUGUGAUUUUCCUCUUUUUAUUAAUCACGUAUAUAUUAAGUGUCACUGGAAACCUGACUAUCAUCAUUUUGACCUUUGUAGAUUCCCAUCUGCAAACACCAAUGUAUUUCUUCCUCCGGAAUUUUGCUUUCUUGGAAGUCUCAUUUACAAGUGUAUGCAUCCCUAGAUUUCUGGGGUCUAUUGUCACCCGGAACAAGACAAUUUCCUAUAACAACUGUGCUGCUCAACUCUUCUUCUUUAUCUUCAUGGGUGUGUGUGAAUUUUACAUUCUCACUGCCAUGUCCUACGACCGCUAUGUUGCCAUCUGCAAGCCCCUUCACUACACGACCAUCAUGAGCAGGAGACUCUGCACCCUGUUUGUGCUGUGCGCCUGGCUGGGUGGGUUUCUUACUGUUUUCCCACCCCUUAUGCUUUUGCUCCAGCAGGAUUACUGUGCUUCCAAUGUCAUUGAUCACUUUGCAUGUGACUUUUUCCCCCUUUUACAACUGUCUUGCUCAGAUACGUUGUUUUUAGAAGUGAUUGGUUUCUAUGUUGCUCUGGUCACUCUGCUGUUCACCUUGGCGUUGGUGAUUUUAUCUUACAUGUACAUUAUCAGGACUAUUUUAAGGAUUCCAUCUGCCAGCCAGAGGAAAAAAGCCUUCUCCACCUGUUCUUCUCACAUGAUUGUCAUCUCCCUCUCUUAUGGAAGCUGCAUUUUCAUGUACGCCAAUCCCUCCGCAAAAGAAAAGGCAUCACUGACCAAAGGAGUGGCAAUUCUCAAUACCUCUGUUGUCCCCAUGCUAAACCCCUUCAUUUAUACCCUAAGGAACCAGCAAGUAAAACAAGCAUUCAAAGGUGCAGUACACAAAUUAGUGUUUUCUGUAAGCAAAUGA